AUGAAAUAUAUUGUUCUCGAGUGCUUAGCCGAACGAACCUUGGCUGAUUGCUGGCUCUCUAUGUCUUCUGCCGGUCACGGUUACGACCCUCGCGAGAAAGGCACUUGUAUAAUCAAGGAGCCUCCCGUUGCGGCAUUUCAGAAGUUGUGCCCUAGAAUCUGUAAUCUUUUGAAUAACCCUAAUUAUCUUACUAAAGCUUCUCUCUUACCUGUGGUUGGAAGCUUGUCUCAGAACAAGCUGCAGAAUCUGGCUGGGCAGCGUUCUGAUGUGCAUGAGAAUCUGUCUCCCAUAGUGAGAGCUUGUGUUGAUGCCUUCAAGGAUAUACAGGAUGGGUGUUUUUACUGGUUUUAUUUGUGA